CCCGGCUCUCACCCCCCACCACCGAUUUUUGCCCUUCAGCCCCUCUUCUGCCGCUAGCUACAGUAGCUUGAACCCCCCAGGCCAGUAAAAUUCUGCCCCCUGCUCAGACCCUGACAGCCCCCCGCUGCGAUUUGCCCCCCUUAAUCCUUUUAACCCCCCCCAAAGAGGAGGCAGCAAAUCGUAAGUAGAAGUAAGGGCAGAGAGAGGGCAGUGGCUACAAGGAAUGUUUCUGGGCAUGCUCGGUUCGAGUGAGCUGAGCCAUUACAAACAUUGAAUCUAUCUCCCCUGGCUGCAGAAUGAUGUCCAUGUUUCGCUCCAGUUCAUCCCGUCCUCUCAUUGGACAGGGGAGAGAAAUGGCUGCAGAGGAGCCAGUCCAGGGGCCAGUGACCUUCGAGGAGGUGGCUGUGUAUUUCACCAGGGAAGAAUGGGCUCUGCUGGACCCCACUCAGAGAGCUCUCUACAGGGAUGUCAUGCAGGAGAACUAUGAGAAUGUGACCUCACUGGGGUUUCCAGUUUCCCAACCUGAUGUGAUCUCCCAGCUGGAACAAGGGGAAGAGUCAUGGGUCCCAGACCUGCAUGGUUCAGAGGAAAGACAGACCCUGAGAGCUCCCUUCACAGCUUUCCUUUAUUUCCCCAUCCCUCCAUGAUGACAUGGAGAAAGUUCAAGUGCAGUUCUUUCAACAUUAGAGAACACUCCAAUUUACCGGACAAAAAAAAAGUGAUGAUUUAAAAUCUCCACUCAGAAAUGGUGAACAACAGCAGUACCCCAACUAACUGAAGGAAGUGCGUAUGAUCACAGUGUAGUUCAAUUAUUUAAAUCAGUAUUUUCUAAGAUGAUCUGGAAAGAGAAUUCCACGGUAAGUGAUUUUGAACUUGGCAAAAUGCCCAUGUAUUUGCUUCCCGAAGCAUUUUUGUAACCCAGGCCCUACAGAAGAUCUCUCCUAGCUAAUCCUAUGGUAUGUGGAAUGCUUCCCUUCAUGAUGCAGAUGUUGAGGAAAUAGAAAUGGGUUUUUUGUUUAAUGCAUCAUUUGUAGGUGCUAAAAAUUUGUAUAAAAUGAAAUCAGUGUCAGAAAUCUAAUAGCUGCAGAAAAAUAGCUAUUUUUAAAUAGAAAUUCUAUCUCUAGUGGCUAACAGAGUUUCUGAUUCAGCCCUGUAUCCAGUCCUUUGCCUGGAACUGUGUCACCAAAGUAAAGAAAAACUGGGCAUGUUUCGGGAAGCCAUUGCUUACUAACACUGCUGAUAUUUUGAGUGGUUUUUGUAAAGGAUUCUACUUCAGAGAAGUGUAAGUUUAUCCUAAAAAGGGCAGAGAUUUGGGGUUGAAAGAGUACACUCAGUUCUUGGUUUCCAACCCAGUAAAGGAAGCUAUGGUGACCAAUGACCCAAGGACAAUUUUUGUACAACUCCACUUCCUAGUUCAGUGUCACUGAUUACAGUUCCAAAGGAUUCCAGAUUUGGACUGAGAACAAUCAUGCUUCACUGUUUGGAUCCGAAGAGAGAGUGCUUCGUAGCACAGUCCUGUCCUGUGGAUCCCAAACUGGCUGCCUGAUUGGUUAGCAAGGACUUUUAGGCUGUAGAAAUGAUGGUAACCAAUGAGGCAACAAAUGUAUCAGGCUCCAAUUUCAGACUUCCAGAUCCACGCAUGUUGAGUCCUGAUUCUAUGGUUUUGUGUCUGAUGCUAUGGCUGCACAAUAAAGCUGAUGUUGGCACAGCUGCAGUGCUGCUACUACAGACUCUCUAAGCCAAUGGGAGAGAGCUCUCCCAUCAGACUUUUAGUCCAGCCCCCACAAGUGGUGUUGGUUAUGUUGGCAGGAGAAGUUCUCAUGCUGAUGUAGCGCUAUCUACACAGGGGAUUAGGGCUGUGUAACUACGUUACUCAGCUGUAUGGAUUUUUCACACCCGUGAGCAGUAUAGUUCUACUGAUAAAUGUCUUUAGUGUAGACCAUACAGUUCUCUUGUGUUUUAUGCAUUUACAUCACUUCUCUACCUCUCCUUACUUUGUAAGAUUAAAAAGUGUGAAUAGAGAGGUGUUUUUCCUCCAGGAUGCAAAUGUUCCCAAAUAGGAGACCCCUAUGAUGCAGUAGGGAGCAGGGUAGAUUGACCUGGGAAUGUCAUCUAGUUUUACUGGGACUGUCUGCAUUGGGGAUGGGAUCGCAGGGGGUGACUUUA